AAGACAUGGAAAAGCCCAAACAUAGCUCAAGGCAACGGUGGAUUUAGGGCUUAAGGAGAAGUUUCUAGGUUUGAAGUAGAGAGGAGGAGGAGGCGUCCGUUCGAAGCUUGAGGUUUUUGUGGUAGAGAUGGCAAAAUACAACGAGAUAGCGAAGAAGAAGAGGGAGGCGAAAGCUGAUAGAAAGCGAGCCAUCCACGGAGAUCCACUCACCAACAAACUGAAGAGCAGAGCUCCGGUUGUCUCCGUCUCCGGAAAACGUCAGAAGAAACUCCUCCGCAAAUGGCGCCGAGAGCAGAAAGAGAUGGUGGAGAAGGGUCUUGUAACUAUGGAGGAUGUGGAGAUGGCUUCUGCUGAUGGUGCAUCAGAAGAAGAAUCCAAGAAACCCCCUAGAAAGUUUAGCGUGAAGAAGACCUUGAAGCUCAAUAAACUAAAGAAUAAAGCAGGCAAGAAGAAUAAAAGUCAGAAAGCCGUUGGCCAAGUAUCUGCCGAACAGAUGCUGGAAUGAGUGUAUGUUGUAUAAUAAACCUUGAAUCAACAUAGACACGAGGAGUGAGGAGUUUUAAUAGGAUUCGAGUUUGACAAGUUUUCAUGAGUGUUUUUUACUUACUUCAAAUAUGUUGUCUUUUAGAAAGAUCUGAUUUUGUAUUCUGCCAUGGAUUAUGAUCUGGUUCUUCUGUCAAUGAAGUGGUAUGUUACAUUUUCAA